GAAACCAUGAAUCUCAGAAAUUUUAAUGACAAUCAAAAUAAUUAUGUAUAAUAUGUCGUGUAAUUUUUAUCAGUGAAAACAACAAAAGGGGUUUUCAUUAUUGAAUUCAGACAUUAACGGCAAUCAAAUCACAUCAGGGAAAUCGAUACGGCAGUUGAUAGCAUCGGUCGCGUGACGGUCGACUAAUAUCAUGACAUCACGUAUAAUACCUAUACAUGAUUGAGGAGCUUUGUAGGGCAUUAUUUAGUACUUUGUAUAUAAAUUUUACAGUAUUUGUCCUAUUGAAAAUGUAGUCGGUCGUGUGUUAAGCCCUUUGAGCCCUUGAUCAUGAAGGUGCAUCCAGAAAUUGUGAACAGCAAAUUGCCGAAGAGGAAAGUCUCUGAUAAGACGCAAGCUGGAGGGUUGUCCCUUCUAGCUGACAGUUUGAGGCACCAGACCACAGAGUUCUUCAACAACUCCACGCUCCAUGGAGUCCGCUAUAUUGCUGAGAAGGAUCGACCUUUUUGUGAAAAGUUCAUGUGGUUUAGUUUCACUGCGGUCGGUGCUGUAACUACGUGCAUUAUUAUAGUUAGCUUGUGGGAGAAGUUUCAGACCAAUCCUACAAUUACUGGAUUGGACACGGAUUUCCAUAACUGGGACGUUCCAUUUCCAGCUGUAACUAUUUGUCACACGAAUCCUGUCGAUGAGGAAUUACUGGAAGAGUACAUGAAUGUCACACUAGGGCCGACCACUCCUCUGAACACCAAGGAGAUGCUGGUGUGGCUGGCGGCGCUCAGCUACAAGAGCAUUGAGGAGCACGUGGCCACGUUCGCCAACGACCCCGACCUGGCCGACUUGUUCAAGGAUGGCCAGGAAGUCAGGGAUGCCGUGUUGGAAAUCGUGCACCACUGCGACACGUUGUUCUACGAGUGCGAGUGGAAGGGCGACUCGGAGGAGUGCUGCGACCUGCUGUUUCCUGUCUUCACCGAGAUGGGCUUCUGCUACGCGUUCAACUCGCGACACGCCGAGCGGACGUGGCCUUGGCAAACGCAGCCGCAGCCGGAGCAGUUUCUCGAGGCAUUCAUCCACGAGACCGACACCAAGUGGUCCUUCCUCUUCAACGCCUACCAGAACACCACCAUCAUCGACAUGUUCAUCCACUCGUCGGUAGAGAUGGCCGGGCUGGACCUGAGCGCCCAACUCUCGUGGGACCGGCGCGUCGAGAUCAUGUCCUUCUCCGUCAAGCACACGUACACGACUGAAGACGCACGGCAGCUGUCCAUCAAGCAACGGAGAUGUGUGUUCGCUGAUGAACUGAAGCUCGAGACGUCGAGUGUGUAUACGUACUCGGCUUGUAUGCGGCAGUGUCGGAUGAAGCUGUGCAUGGCGUUUUGUAAGUGUGUGCCGCACUUCUAUCCGUUGAUUGCCGGGUACCGCUACUGCUCGGUGGCGGAGCUGGUGUGCGUGGCCGCGCACGCGGACAGCAUCACGGACGCGGCGCGCUGCGCGUGCGAGCUCGGCUGCGAGCACACCGUGUACGAGGUGGAGAAACUCACCGAGAUCGACUCGGGCAAAGGCCAGGUGUCAAGUUCACUGGAGACGGAGUUUGUGUCAUGGCCGAUGGUGCGAUACAAGCGAGAGGUGCUCUUCGGUUGGGUGGAUUUGCUCGUAUCAUUCGGCGGCAUAGCGGGGCUGUUCCUGGGCUUCUCGCUGCUGUCGGGCGUGGAGGUGCUGUACUACUUCACGCUGCGCGCGUGCUGCUCCAUGGCGCGCGACCGCCACGCGCUGCGGCGGGAGAGAGAGGAGAGACUGGCUAAGCCGAGACCGCCGUAUGAUCUUAGUUUGGUGCCUUGGUGGAAACAACCUCCGCAAAAGCGCGCGCCGUCGCCCGCGCCCGGCCCUCUGUUGGUGAAAGAGCGAACUAGGACCCAGCAUAGUCAGCCUCCGCAGUACUCGCCGCCACCGGGGUAUACCACCUUCUUGCCGUGAGAAUAAGGGUAGUUUUGUAAUCACAGUAAAUAUCUACCAAUGGCAGCACGUAUUUUGUUUGGUGCCGUUUUUGUUUCACGUAAACGUGUAAGUAAGUAUAGAU